UAUUACUCUGUGUUUUUCUUGGUCAAUCACAGAGGCUGAAUACGGGAGUUUGGCCAAAUUGCUUAAUUAUAAUCUGGUUGGACUCUGUUUUCAGUCAGAGUUGAAUAUUCAACUACCUAAAGGGCCCACUAAAUGUGUGAUAAUCUUGAUAGGACUUUGAUGCUCACUCCUUUUUCUCUCUUUUUGCUUCUUCUGUACUUUUCUCUCACUCUCCUCCCUUCUUCCCCUUUUCUCCAUUUGUUUGAUCUCUAUAUUCAGAGGCUUGAAAGAACACAGAGAAAAUCGAUUUUAAGCUGGCUGUUUUCUUUCACGAUUGUUGGAAGGCGAUUCAAUGGCUUUUCUCUCAUGUUUGAAUGGGUAUUCAACAUUGAAUCUUUAGUCGUCAUUUUCGUGCUAUUCAAAAGUGAUAAUUCAUCGUUUGGACGAAGGCCUGGCACAAAUAUUUCGAUGCAUAUAUAUAAACAAAAAAGGGAGGUUUUUUUUUAAUAUUUUUGUUCCAAUUAAUUACUCAUAAAUAAAAACAAACAAUUUGAUAACUCAUACUAGAAAUGAUAAGGUAGAUUCAGCGAAGUUUUGCUUCUUGUGGUUCAGAGUCAUCAAAUAAUUUUAAGAAAAAUAAUUGCUAGGAAUAGAAAUAUAACUAACAACUACUGUGAAAGACAUUAAUUUUUCAUUGCAUUAAUAUCACUUUGAAAACUUCCAUAUUUCCGUUGAUUGGGACGUACAUGACUUGGGUAUAUUAAUUUUAUAAGCAAGUUUAUAUUUUGUGUUGGAAAAGUCUUGUUUCCAGAAGUCAUGAAGUUAUAAGUAACCUUCAAAAGCAUGCUACGCAAAAUAAUGUAUAUAUUUAGUACUAUAGUAACCGCUUUUUCUUAAGAAAGAAGGCAAAUAAUUCUUAACCUAAAACAGACAACAUGGAUGGACAUCAGGAUGUGAUAAUUUCCAUUGGUCAGCAAGCUGAGCUGAGGAUGAGUGGUGAUGAUGGUGAUAAUGAGUUGAUAGGUUUCAUUGAAAAAUAUGUUGAAAGUGAAGGAAAAAUAAAUAAAACUAAUAAAAGUGAUGAUGGAUCGCAUAUCAAGAUACAAAAAGUUCCAAAACUUAUGCUGAGAAAAAAUAACUGGAAAGAGUUUUACAAGCCAAAGGAGAUUGCAAUUGGCCCUCUUCAUGCUUUCACCAAGAGCUUGAAAAACAUUGAUGAUCUCAAGCAUAGAUUGACGGCAAGAUUCAUUAAAGAAAGCGGCCGAGAUGGGAGAACUUUACUCGAAGAAAUCAAUAAAAAUAUCACUCAACUAAAGGAGUGCUUCGAUUUAAAGGUAUUACCCUCAUCCUUCAAUGAAGAUGAUAAGAAACUGGCCAGGUUAUUGUUUUUGGAUGGGUGUUUUGUACUACAAUUCAUAGAUAGUUAUGUUAAGGGUGACAUAAAAGAAUUUGAGAUUAGCAGUGGCCAAGCUGUUGAGAUUCAACAUGAUUUGUUUUUGCUGGAAAACCAAAUUCCCUUUCGAGUACUCAUAAUAUUGAUGAGGUUGAGUAACGAAGGGGUUCGGUUGAUGACAAACAUCUAUCAUUUUAUUUAUUUGAACAGUAUGGUACCGGAUUACUUCUGUACUACUAAAAAUAUUCGACAUAAUAACAAGAACAUCAUUGAAGAUGAUGAAUUGCCCGCUCAUCUUCUUGACCUUCUCAGAUCAGAGCUCUUAUUUGAGGAUGAAGAGCCUGAAUCCGAUCACGCUAGCAGCACAGCACAAGAGGGUGGAAGCACUACAGAUGAUACUCUUUUGCAUUACAAACGCUCUUUUCGCAACGUUCAAGAUCUUAAAGAAGUUGGCAUAAUGUUAAAGCCUGACUAUUCCUGUGGCCUGAGAUCUGUAUCUUUCUCUUAUCCAUUGUUUAUUUUUGGUCAACUUACACUUCCUCCGUUGAUUGUGGAUGACUCGACAGCACGCAAGUUGUUGAACUUGGUUGCUUAUGAAAUGUGCCCUGAUAACAAUAAGAAAAAAUACUCUGUGACUUCUUAUUUGAGGUUAUUAGAUUCACUCAUUGACAGUGAACAAGAUGUUAAAGAUCUAAGAUCAGCGCAUAUACUUCGAAAUAAUCUUAGCAGCGACGCAGAAGUAGCUCAAUUGUUCAACACCAUAGGCAGCAGCUUGGUGCCCUAUGACGCAUAUUUGACUGUGAAAAUGGAAAUACAAAAGCACUACGAAAGAAAGAUCGUUGCUUGGAAAGCUCAGUUCUAUAGAGAACAUUUUAGAAGUCCUUGGACUAUCUUGGCUCUUCUUGCUGCAGCAGCGGCACUUGUAUUAACAGGAAUUCAGACUUAUUACUCUGUCAAUCCUAAGGAAUGAGCUAGGGAAACAAGAAUCGGCUGCUCAGAACAAAAGACUACUCUUGAAAAAUGAAAACUUACUGAUCUCUUGAGGUUACUCUUUGAUUAAUGAAGCCAUUUUUUGUAUUAUUCAAUUAUAUUUUUGUAAUUAUUAAAACGAAAUCCUUGUGAAGUCCCAGUGGAGUGAUUUUGUGUUCAGUCCUUUCCUUUGGAAGAAUAAAUAAUGAUUUGUAUUUGGUUUAUAUUUUUUUUCCUCUUCAAGGAUGCAAUAUUAUAGUGUAAAAUGUUCAAUGAUUUGAAUAUCCUAUUGAAAUAAAUAUGAUGCUAUAAUUUGAUAGUUA